AUGGCUACCCCCAGUGUCCUUACCUUUGAUACUGAGGGUCGUGCUGUAGACUUUGAGGUCUGGGUCGAUGACCUCCAGCUGUUCUUACAGUGCGAUAGGGCGGACGGACUCUCACUGUUUGAUCUCACCUCUGGUGUCUCUCCUGCCCCGCCUACUACUGCUGACAGCACUGUUCACUCACAAUGGGCCACGCGCGAUGCUGCUGCACGUCUUGCUGUGCGUCGCCACUUACCGACCACUGAGCGUGCAAACUUUAGCCAGAAAAAGAGUGCUAAGACCUUGUACGAUGCUGUAGUUACACGCUACUCCUCCCCUGCCACUGCUGCCCUUAGCCGCCUCAUGCUGCCGUACCUGUUCCCUGACCUUGCUGCCUUUCCGACAGUCGCUGACCUCAUUACGCACCUUCGCACUAGUGACACUCGCUACCGCGCUGCACUUCCCACUGAGUUCUAUGCCAAGAACCCCCCCCCCAUGUACAUCACCCUCUACUACAUAGUCACCCGGCUCCCUGACUCCCUUCGCUCAGUCAGGGACCACUUCCUCUCAGUUUGCCCCACCACACUCACCGUUGACCUCCUCGAGGAGCGCCUCCUAGCAGCAGAGAAGAGCAUAGUCGCUAUAGGAGCCUCUCGUGGUGACCCUCGCACCCCCGUCUUUGAGGGGUGUUCUCCCUCCCCCCUCUUGCCCUCUGUUGCCUCUGUUGCUGCGGCCUACCUCGUUGGUUUCGAGUCGGUCGGCGCUGCGUCUGUCCCUAGCGUGAAGCGCUGCACCGGCAAGGGCAAGGGGGGCAAGGGCGGUGGGGGGGGCAGUGGGGGCGAUGGAGGUGGUGGUGGAGGCAGUGGAGGGGGUGGGGGUGGUGGUGGGAGUGGUGGCGGGGGUGGAGGUGUCGGUGGUAGCAGUGGAGGCGGAGGAGGCAGCGGGGGUGGCAGAGGGAGCGGAGGCGGCGGCGGUGGCGGAGGCGGCGGAGGUGGCGGAGGCGGCGGAGGUGGCGGUGGAGCUGGUCACGGCUCUGCGCAGAGGAGUGGCUCCGGUGCUAUCUUUGAUCUUGACUAUGAUGCUAUUCUUGCUGCCAUGUAUGCUGUGUCUGCUAGUGAUGAGGGUGACUAUUACCUUACGGCUGCUGCCCCAGGUACUGGUGAGUCUGCUCUCUCAGGUACUACGUCGGCUCAGGCCUUGCACACCUUCACCCUUGACUCGGGUGCUUCCUGCUCCUUCUUCCGAGACCGCACCACGCUUACGCCGCUUAGUUGGCCGGUUGCGGUCUCCCUGGCGGACCCCUCUGUGGGUCUUGUCCUUGCUAGCUUCUCCACUGUCUUAUCGUGUCCGGCAGCCCCCUCUGGCACUCUGUCCGGUCACUACCUCCCCUCGUUCUCUACGAACUUGGUGAGUGGAGCUGAUAUGCAGGAUCAGGCGGUUCACCAGUUCACACCUGCGAGUCAGCGGGUGACCCACUAUACGUGUGCUCGGACGGGCCGACACUUGGCCACGUUUACCCGUCAGCCGGGGUCGAGCGUGUACACACUGACCACUGAGUCUCCUCUUGUUACUGCGUCUGGUCAGGUAGCUGCGUCGAACUCUCCUUUGGCACCACCACCUUGGUCACCCCUCCCUGCCUCGUCUUGGAGGCAUGACCUCCCGUGUCCUUGUCUCUGGUCUCCCCCGGUCUCUCCCUCCCCUACCUCCGGGGCCUGCCCCUACCUGCGUCCCCUGCGUCGAGGGGCGGCAGCGCGCUGA